UGAACAGGGCCUGGAUCUAGUUGGAUUUUACAUGGGCCUUAACCUUAGAUCUCAAUUGGAUCCAUCCUAAACCAUACUCCAAAGUCAGAAAGACAUUAAAGUCGCUUCAUUCUAGUCUUCGGUUCCCUUGGCUUCAAAUUAGGGUUUUGCAGUUAUAAAACCUAACCCGCCGCGUCAACACUCUGCCUCUCAGCCCUCUCUUCCUUCUCAAUUUGUUUGAAGAAAUCACGGUUUUUUCUUACGUUUUUCUCAAACCCUUUUGGGUGAUUUCAAGCAUCAAGUGAAAAGAGUUAGGGAGUAUGGUUCAGCAAGAGCAUGUAAAUUUCCUGAUGAUUCAAGAAUCAAAAGUUGAAGUUGCUAAUGACCAGUUAUGUAGAUCAAUUUGGGGGCAAGAUUGUGUCGAGUGGUGUGCAAAAAGUUCGGAUGGAAGAGCUGGUGGUCUCCUCUGCUUAUGGGACCCUAACCUAUUCGAAAGGAUUAAGGUGUUCGAAGGCGAUGGCUUCUUGGGUGUUGAGGCAUCGUGGGGGAAAAACAAAUCAAAAUGCUGCUUUUUGAAUGUAUAUGGUCCCUGUAAUGUGGCUGGUCGUGCAAAACUGUGGGAAGAUUUAUCCAGAUUGAUUGAGGCUCAAAAUUGUUUCUUUUGUAUUGGUGGUGAUUUCAAUUAUGUCAGGGGAUCGCAUGAAAGAAAAGAUGAUGAUAUUCUCAAAAGAAAGGAUGGCUUUGAAGAAGUAUGGUUCUGCCUCAAGAAGAAAGAAAGUUUAUGGCGACAGAAAUCCAGGGCAACUUGGAUCAAAGAGGGGGAUGCGAACACCGGUUUUUUCCACAGAAUUGUUAAUGGUAGAAGAAAGAAGAAUAUGCUCUGGGGGAUUGACAACCAUGGCUCCUGGAUUGAUGACCCUAUACAAUUGAAGCAAAUUAUUAUGGAUCACUUUAGAAACCAACUUUCUUCUCAAUCUUGCCAACAACCAAGACCAUACUUGCAACACCUGCAAUUCAGCAAAUUAAAUGAAGAGGAUAAGAUUACGUUGGAAGAAGAAUUUUCAAAUGAUGAGAUCAGAGAUGUUGUUUUCUCUUGUGCAAGUGACAAAGCUCCAGGGCUUGAUGGUCUGAACUUUCAUUUUGUCAAGACAAUUUGGGGUACAAUUGAAGGGGAUGUUAUCAACUUCAUCAAGGAGUUCCAUCAGAAUGGGAAGCUGGUAAAAGGCCUUAAUUCAUCUUAUAUUAUGUUAGUCCCUAAAAAGAAAAAUCCCACAUCCUUGAAGGAAUUUAGGCCGAUAAGCAUGGUUGGGUGCCUAUACAAAAUCCUGGCUAAGGUGCUUGCUAACAGACUCCAGAAAGUAAUCGGCAAAGUGAUAAGUAGAGGACUAAGACAAGGAGACCCUCUCUCUCCAUACUUAUUUCUUAUUGCUGCUGAAGGCUUGUAUGCUCUUCUCCUUGAGGCAGAGACAAAAGACAUGCUUAAAGGGGUAAUGGUUGAUGAGAAUACUUCAGUUUCUCACCUUCAAUUUGCUGAUGACACUGCUCUCCUCUGUGGGGCUUCUACUAAUUCUGUUUGGGCUAUCAAAUGUACAUUGAGAUGCAUGGCAGCCUUGGCCUUGAAUUGUAAAGCUGGGAAAUUACCUUUUACUUACCUUGGGCUCCCUAUUGGUGGUAACCCACAUCGUCAUAGCUUUUGGAAACUGGUGGUUGCAAAGUUCCGAUCUAAAUUGGCAUCUUGGAAGGGCAAGCUCUUAUCAUUUGGUGGCCGUAUCACGCUUCUCAUGUCAGUACUCUCUGCUCUCCCACUCUUUUACUUCUCUGUUUUUAAGAGUAAGGCCACUCUAGCUAAAUCUAAGAGAGGUCUUGGUAUCCCAAACUUAGCCAUUAGUAACAUUGCCCUCUUAGGAAAAUGGUGGAACAAGUUUUAUAAUGAUGGUGAAAAUGAAAAGCUAUGGAAAAAGAUUGUUAUUAGUAAAUACUAUGCUGGUUCUACAUCAAAUCUUAUCUAUAACACAAUGUCUUCAAGAUUAUCUUCUCUUUGGAAGGAUAUUUUAUCUAUUGACAAGGUAUCCGAUAGAGCAACCAUGUGCUUUUCAAAUGGCUUCACACAUCAGCUUGGUGAUGGCUCUAAAACCAGCUUUUGGAAGGAUAUUUGGCUGGAAAGCUCUCCUUUAAAGCAUGAAUUUCCCCGUCUGUUCAGCCUCACUUUGGACAAGGAAUUGCUAGUUGCUGAUUUGAAACCAACCAAUAGAGAGGGCUGGAAUCUUUAAUGGCACAAAUCCCCUUUUGGAAGAGAACUGGAUGAACUCGAGAUAUUAGAAGACAUUCUUCGAAGUGCUAUUUUAAUUGAAGGCAAGGCAGAUAGAAAAAUUUGGAAGCACUGCCCCUUAGGAUACUCUGCACAAUUGGCAUACUUGUUUCUUGAUGUGUCUCCUCCCAUCCUUGAUGAGAAUAUUUGCAAGUUAAUAUGGAAUCCAUUGAUGCCUGCUAAAGUUAGUGUCUUUGCCUGGCGCCUCUUUUUAAAUCGCCUCCCCACCAAGGAUAAACUCAUACAACAUGG